AUGAAAAAAACAACAGUUAAGGCCCCAAAUAGACCCAAUACCAACCAUCAUACUGGUUUAAGAGCUACUUUUAUGUUAGAAAAAGAGUCUUCUGGCCCAAGUGUUGGACUAAUAAAACCGGCAUCUUUAAAAGAAUUUAAAGGAGUGACAAUGGAUCUCCAUAAAUUAGCCGCCGAAUGGCAAAGCGAUAUAAAAAGAGAUGAAGUCCAAAGACAACUAUUGCAGAAUGAAUUCUUGAGCAGUGUUACAGAAGCAAGCAAGACCCAGUUGGAAAAUGUUGAUGAAAAGGCUGAUAUAUCUUCGUUAAAUUGGGACCAAAUGUAUGAAGUUUCUGCGGAACUAAUGGAUAAUUACAGUAAAGAAAUGGAAGGUAUCUUGGGUGAAUUAGAUGAAGUUUAUAAGAAGUGGUUCAUGUGGCAAGAGGCAGCAUUUACCAUCGAUUCCCAUAGAGGAGCAACAAGGAUUGCUAAGGCGGAAACGUGGAUAAAAUCAAAAGAAAAUUAUUUGCGUUACACUAAAGAGGAGCUGGAAAGUUCAGCGAAAGUUAUCAAAACGGCUAUUGAAGAGUUAUCCCAAAAAUGA